AGAGAGGACGCCCCAGGGGCGCCGCUGGCCUCUCCCCCCUCGCGUUCGGAAAAGAAGGCGAAUCGCCCGCCAGGCUGCAGUUCGAUCGGGAAGGGAGGAACAACUAUGGAGGAACAGAAGCUUGUGGUACCCAAAGAAGAAGAGGGAAGUGAGAAAGGGGAAGGAGAGCCUCUUAUUGUUCAAGUGAGGACGAUCGAGGACUUUUUGAGCAGGGACGGCCCAUCCCACAUUAAGCCAGAGUCAGAGGAGGAAACGCAUCGAUACUGGGACUCUGAAUGGCAGGAAUUCCUGAAAAGUGUGUCAUGGCUUUCCCCAGCACCAUCCCCGCCUCCAUCAGAGGAGGAUGCCAAGGACUUCCAGGUCCCCUUGGGGAGAGUCAAGGAAGAACCCCAGGAGGAGGGCUGUGGAGAGGCCAGAGGGGAGGUUGUGCUCCCAAGAGAUCCGAACAUCGGUGGAAAAGCCUGGAUGGACAGGGAAAAGCUGGAUUCCUUUGUGAAGGUGAAGGUGGAAGAGCCUCUGGAGGAGGUCGAUCUGGAGAGGCAGUGGCCCCUGCACCCCAGGAGGUUCAACCCCCAGGAAGCUGAUGAGCACCAGGAGAUGUCUUCAAAGAGAAAGAACACCAGCACAGCUGAAGGAAGUACCAAGAAGCAAAGGAAAGCCAUUGAUCUUGAUUUGAAGAUGAAGAUCAUCAAAGCAUAUGAUGCCGGGAAGAAGGUAACUAACAUAGCGCGAGAAGAAGGCCUGGCCCAUUCCACCAUCUCUGCUAUUUUGAAGGAUAAGGCAAGGAUCAGAGAGGCGAUGAAAGGAUCAGCAGGAAUGAACGCAAGUAUAACAAGACAGCGAAAAGGCCUCAUCCACGAAAUGGAAAAACUCCUUAUACUUUGGAUCGAAGAUCAGAUCCAGAAGAGGCUGCCGGUUAGCCUCCUUCUGAUUCAGGCUAAGGCACGCAGCAUUUUCACAACGCUGAAGGAACGAGCAGGGGAGGAGUGCACUGAAACAUUCACUGCCAGCCGUGGCUGGUUUAUGCGGUUUCAGCAAAGAUUUCAUUACCAGAAAACACACACGUCUGGUGAAGCUGCAAGUGUUGAUGAAGAAGCGGCCAAACGUUUUCUGGAUGAACUUGAUGAUAUCAUAGCAGAGGGGAACUAUUUGCCUGAACAGAUAUUCAGCGUGGACGAAACUGAGUUAUACUGGAAAAGAAUGCCAGAGCGGACAUACAUACACAGUGAGGUACAAGCAACCCCUGGAUGUAAAGCCUUUAAGGAUAGAAUAACCUUACUGUUGGGCGGAAAUGUCGCCGGAUUCAAGCUGAAGCCAUUUCUGAUUCACAAAUCAGAAAUCCCCUGUGAGUUCAAAAAUGUAAGUGAGCACACACUCCCCAUUUAUUUCCGAUCCAAUUGGAAGGCCUGGAUGACAGACGUCCUCUUUGAGGAUUGGUUUAUGAAUUGUUUCAUACCCCAAGUAAAGGAAUAUUGCUGUCAAAAGGGAAUUCCUUUUAAAAUUCUCCUACUCCUGGACAACGCCCCUGGACAUCCCCCGCAUCUCAAGAGUCUCCACCCAGAUUUAAAGGUAGUUUAUCUGCCCAAAAACACCACUUCUUUCCUACAGCCUAUGAAUCAGGGAGCUAUCUCAGCAUUCAAGGCAUACUAUUUGCAUGCAAUGUUUGCCAAAGCCAUAGCCGCAACGGAGGAUGAUAGGGUAACACUGUGUGAGUUUUGGAAAGGCUACAAUGUCCUCCAUUGUAUUGAAAACAUUGCAGCAGCAUGGCAGGAUGUUAGUGUGAAAUGCAUGCGAGGGAUUUGGAAAAAGUGUUUAAAACGUUUUGCUGUUCUUGUAAAUAAUUUUGAAGGAUUUGACCACAAUGAAAAUGUCAACGAAAUAAAUAAGAAAACUUUGACACUAAUGAAAUCCCUUGAUUUAGAGGUUGAUGCUGAAGAUGUGAGAAAUUUGAUAGCCUACACUGAGGGAGAGCUUUCAAAUGAAGAUUUAAUCGAGCUGAAAGAAGAAUUGGAAGCACAACAGCUACUGGAAGAAAAAGAAGAAGGAAAAGAAAAAGAACAAGAAAAAGAAAAAGAAAAAGAAGAAAAAAAAAUUGUAGAAGUUGAGCCCAAAACGUUCAGUGUGAAAAGAUUGGCUGGUGUUUUCUCAGGUGUUAACAAAAUUUUAUCAGAAUUGGAAAGUAUGGAUCCAAAUGUAGAACGUUUUAGAAAGGUACAUUGGGAAAUGCAUGAAAUCUUGAAGUGUUAUCGGGAAAUAUAUGAAGAAAAAAGGAAAAAAACUGUGGAAACCAAACAUACUGGGUUCUCUAAGAAAGUUACUCCUUCCCCAACUCCACUUCCCUCCCCAUUACCCUCCCCAUUCACAGGAAUAGAACACCCAGACAAUCCUCAGCCAUCAACCAGCUAUGCCAGCGUAUCCGAAGUUUGCAAAAAUAGAGAAAAAGACCAGUCUUUCGAAGGAUUUAUAUCCGAUGUGAUGUUUACAGGCAUUCCAAAGGACACAAUGAUAAAAUCGCUCAAAUUGGAGGAAGAGGCCUUGGACAUUGUGAAGGUGAAGCUUCCCCUGGAGAUAAAACAAGAGAAUGAUGGGGAAGCUAACUAACUAACUAGAGUAUGAUGGAUAUGGGCCAAUCAUAAGGAGAAGACCUUCCAGGUGGGAAGAUAUGAAGAAAUAGACGUUUGUAAGAGUCCAUUGGAAGGAGUCAAAAGAUCAUUUUUCUGGGGUUCUGGGGUUAAAAGAAAACCAGUAAAUCCAAAGGGAGCACAAAGGCACUCAGGAAUGAAGCCAGUGAAGCUUUCCUGCCUGAAGAAGGUGAUGAAAACUUAAG